AUGCGGUUUUCAAUAUUCACACUUUGCACAGUGCUGUGCUCUCGGGUGCUCGGUCACCCCUAUGCCUCUGAAACAACAUCAUGGAUUUCAGCGACAACAACAUCCGUUGACACUUUAUGGGCUGUCUCGGAGCCUAGUGAGGUAGCCCAUCUCUACGGGAAACGUGGAUAUGGCGAGAUCCUCCAAGCCAGAUACACCACUGCGACAACCGACUCUACUACAUCCACAGAUACCACAACCGAUACAACCACAUCGGAGACAUCUACUUCAACGACAUCUACGACCGAAAGUUCAACAUCUGAAACCUCUACCUCCACCUCCUCAACAUCUACAACCUCAACAUCUGCCAGUUCGACUACCAGUUCGACUACUAGCUCGACUACCAGCAGCUCCUCGGCGACGACCAGCAGCACCUCAUCAACGACAAGUUCCUCAACGACAACUAGCAGCGCCACCUCGACGACAAGUACUACAACUGCAACUGCAACGAGCACUUCCUCGGCAGAGCUGGACGAAUGGAACCGCAGGGGUAACAUAGCAGCAAUUGUAUUUGGCUGUUGUAUGAUCUCGCUAUUUGGCGGCAUCAGCCUGAUUUACUGCCUGCGUAAUAGAGCAAAGGCACGCCGAAUUGCAGCUAGGAAAGAGUUGGAGUCCAGCCCGUCGUGCUCGAAGAUACCUCUUGUGGCCGCGAAAGAAAAAUCCGCCAGUAACCUUGAGGUCGACCGCUCCUCUAUGAUGUUCACCAACCAGCCGGAGACGGAAUACUUUCCAGCACGAAGCGCCCCAUCAGUGACAAACUAUCACAGCCACACCAUCUCCACAACAUCUCAGACCACGGUGUCUACUAGAGAUCACACACCGCGAGGAUACGCCAAUGAGCAGAAUACACCUUUGGUUUGA